AUGGAAGCCGCAGCUCCAGAGGAGUUUCUGGUUCUGCCGUGGCCUGGCGGCGGGUCGGACCCGGGGCCCGGAGGCGGUGUCCUGCUGACGUGUGGAGCCGCUGUGGGAGUCACUCUGAUCUGUGUGGUGGUGCUCAGGAAGUGGAUCGCAGGUGGAGUGUGCCGCUGUUCAGUCCGGCUGGAUGGGAAAACGGUUCUGGUGACUGGUGCGAACACGGGCAUCGGGAAGGAGACCUGCAGAGACCUGGCAGGGAGAGGAGCCCGAGUGGUCAUGGCCUGCAGGGACCUGAGCCGGGCCGUGCGGGCAGCGGAUGAGAUCCGGCAGUCUACCGGAAACGGGAACGUGGUGGUCAGACACCUGGACCUGGCUUCUGUCUACUCCGUCUCUCAGUUUGCCAAGGACUUCCUGGACAGUGAAGACAGACUGGACAUCCUGGUCAACAAUGCAGGUGUGAUGAUGUGCCCUAGAUGGAUCACAGAAGAUGGCUUUGAGACUCAGAUAGCCGUCAAUCACCUGGGUCACUUCCUGUUGACCAAUCUGCUGCUGCCAUUGCUGAAGAGCACCACCCUCAGCCGUGUGAUCAACGUGUCAUCCAUUGCCCACCGGGGAGGGCAGAUCAACUUUGAUGACUUGUUCUUCAGCCGGCGGCCGUACAGCGCGUUGGAGAGCUAUCGGCAGAGCAAGCUGGCCAACGUCCUCUUCACCCGAGAACUGGCUCGACGUCUCAGAGGUUCUGGUGUGUCAGCCUUCUGUCUUCAUCCUGGGGUGAUUCGGACUGAGUUGGGGCGCCAUGUAGAGGGCUGGUUCCCCCUGCUGGGGGCGCUGCUGAGGCUUCCAGCCCUGCUGCUAAUGAAGACUCCCUGGGAGGGCAGCCAGACCACCGUGUUCUGUGCUGUGAUGCCGGGCCUGGAGGAACUUUCAGGCCGAUACUUCAGUGACUGCGCAGAGACGGAGGCGGCGCCAGAGGGACAGGACGAUGAGGCGGCCCGGAGGCUGUGGGAGGAGAGCGCACGAUUGGUCGGACUGAAGGACACCUGCUGACCUGUGACCUGCUGGCUGACACACAACAGGAAGAGACUCUGUGCCCCUCUGCACAGAGCGAGGAAGACCUGAAGGGAACAACAUUCCCUUCAGGUCCAAACAGGACUGGUGCUAGAACCUUAAGCGGUCCCAUCAAACCCAGUAAAAAAACUUUCCUCUAGUCUGGUACCAAGUUGAACCCGAGGUCGUUGAUGCGGCUCUGAGUGCUGACCGGUUGACAGAAAGAAACCAGCUUAACGUUACUCUGAAGCUUCCUUGUCCAGCUGGUGUUUGUUUUACCAUCCGUGACGGCUCGUUCACCUCAGAACCGCCUGGUACCUUCAAAUGGACCACAGUCGGUCCCUUCUGGUAUCUGAACCUUUAAACUCUGUUCCAGCUGAAAACUCUACUGUAAACCUCUUGCAAGAAACAACUGGACAGGAAGUGAGGUCUGAUGGUAAACCGUGUAACCAUAGCAACAUGUGGUAUCCCGUGUGCAGCCCUCUGAGGUUGGCCAGUUUCCACGGUGAGGGACGUCCAACAGUCCGACUCUUCACGGUCCCUCCAGAACCUUCCCUUCACCUUGUUGCUCCUUUAGGUCCCUUUCAUGUUUCUUUGUUCUUCUGUCUGUUUCUGCCUUGAUGUGUUUGAAACAGGAAGACUUUACUGAGCAUGCUCCAACUGAUCGUUGGUAAUAAAGAGAACUUAUCCACAUUGCUUCACAGAUGGUCAGUCCAACUCUUUCAUGUUUGAUUCAAAUCUGUCAGGUACUAAGACAUCACAACUGGUUCUACCUUCUUCGGGUUCGGCCUGCAGAACUUCAGAACCUCUGGUUGAUUCAAGUGGGAUAUAAUCUUCCAGAAAAUAAUCCGGACUCCAGGAGGCGCUAUUACACACACGAACCAGACUCUAGGUGGUGAUGCACUCUCCCACUGAGACUGGUUCUGGUUCUGCUGGAGGUUUCUCCUUGUUCAAAAGAAGUUUUUAUCUCCACUGUCGCCUGAUGCAUGUUCAGGA